AUGGAGGACGGGGUACACAUGCUAGCCCCAGGUUCAGACAGGGAGGGCGGGCUACACAUGCUAGCCCCAGGUACAGACAGGGAGAACGGGCUACACAUGCUAGCCCAAGGUUCCGACAGGGAGGACGGGCUACACAUGCUAGCCCCAGGUACAGACAGGGAGAACGGGCUACACAUGCUAGCCCAAGGUUCCGACAGGGAGGACGGGCUACACAUGCUAGCCCCAGGUACAGACAGGGAGAACGGGCUACAGAUGCUAGCCCAAGGUUCAGACAGGGAGGACGGGCUACACGUGCUUGCCCCAGGUACAGACAGGGAGGACGGGCUACACAUGCUAGCCCAAGGUUCAGACAGGGAGGACGGGCUACACAUGCUGGGCCCAGGUUCAGACAAGGAGGACGGGCUACACAUGCUAGCCCAAGGUACAGACAGGGAGGACGGGGUACACAUGCCAGCCCAAGGUUCAGACAGGGAGGACGGGCUACACAUGCUAGUCCAAGGUACAGACAGGGAGGACGGGGUACACAUGCUGGCCGAAGGUUCAGACAGGGAGGACGGGCUACACAUGCUGGGCCCAGGUACAGACAGGGAGGACGGGGUACACAUGCUGGCCGAAGGUUCAGACAGGGAGGACGGGCUACACAUGCUAACCCACGGUACAGACAGGGAGAACGGGGUACACAUGCUAGCCCAAGGUUCCGACAGGGAGGACGGGCUACACAUGCUAGCCCAAGGUUCAGACAGGGAGGACGGGCGACACAUGCUGGCCCCAAGUACAGACAGGGAGGACGGGCUACACAUGCUAGCCCCAGGUUCAGACAGGGAGGACGGGCUACAGACACUAGCCCAAGGUACAGACAGGGAGGACGGGCUACACAUGCUAGCCCCAGGUUCAGACAGGGAGGACGGGCUACACAUGCUAGCCCAAGCUGUGCUGUUGCCAAGAACAACAGGACUUGUGUAA